AUGAACUCCAGCACGGCGGUGAAUGCCACCAGCCUGCCCGCAAUCAGCCUGAUUGAGCACGGCAUCAUCCAGCUGCAGCUAGCGCUCAUACUGGGGCUGUCCUCUUUCUUUCUGUACAUCAACAUGAACAUGAUUCUCAUUUUCUGCAAGGAGCCGGUGUACAGAGACAGCUCGCGUUACAUUCUGUUCAUUCACAUGCUGUUCAACGACACUCUCCAGUCGCUCAUAUCGGUCUUCUUGUAUUUCCUAGUGGUUUUUAGAAUCCAGUUUAAUAUCACACUCUGCACCUUUUUCGUUCAUCUGGGAGGCAAUGCCGCCAUGAACACCCCUUUCAGCCUGGCGGUGAUGUCGCUGGAUCGCUACGUAGCCAUAUGUUUCCCCCUGCGUUACGCUGAACUAAGUUCCGUCCGCAGGGCUUACUUAGCGAUCGGUGUCACUUGGCUCAUAGGGUCAGUGCCCAGCGGCAGCGAUCUCUUCAUAGUCCUUUCAAAGCUGCCACUGAGUUACUUUAAUCAGAAAGCGCUGUGCAGCAGGGCCGUGCUGAUCCAGAGCUCCGACCAGCAGCUCAAGCAAGCCGUUUUCAAUGGGCUCUACUUCACCGUAGUUUGGAUCAUCAUAUUGUACACGUACGUGCAGAUCAUGCUGCAGGCGAGGAAGCUGCGAGCGCCUGGCUCACAGGCCUUCAAAGCGCAGAAGACUGUCCUGCUGCACGCCGUCCAGCUCCUGCUCAGCAUGGCUUUCUUUCUCAGCCCGCUCACAGAGUAUAUAUUCCAGUACACAGAGCCCAUGGUGUUUGCACACGUGCGCUACGUUAACUUCUUCUUGACCAUCGUGCUCCCCAAGUUUUUAAGCCCCCUGAUUUACGGCCUGAGAGAUGACAACUUGAAGAAGCACCUCCAGCUCUACCUGAAAUGCAACUUUAACAAAGUCAACCCCACGGCUGUCCACUGCUGAACUGCGAAAGAGUAGCUAGGAAUGAACCAACAGCAGGCAGGCGGGCGACCUGCUUCUGUCUGAAAUCCACAACCAGUGAGCGUGUGUGUGGGGUGGGCUUGAGAGUGGUAACCUUUAAGGG